AAGAUUCUCAAUAACAUCCAGCAGUGUAGAUCACAUUCUCCAAAGACUUAGACAAAGACUCCGACACCAACAUGCUCUUGUUCCUCUUCAUGUUCGGUCUGGCUCUGGGUGCUGUGUCUCCUUCAGAAGUCCAUCAGGUGAAGCUACAGCGUGGCGCCUGUCCUAUGUUCUGGUACAGCUUCAACGGCCGCUGCUACAAGUACAUCGCCACACGUAUGACCUGGGCUGAUGCAGAACUCCACUGUGUGUCAGAGGGAAGCAACCUGGUGUCUAUCUACAGUCUGGAUGAACAUAAUUUUGUCCAAUCCCUGAUCAAGAACUUCGACCCUGCUCAGGGAUUUACCUGGAUUGGACUCAGCGACACCCAGAAGGAAGGAGGAUGGAUGUGGUCUGAUGGUUGCCCUGUCAAAUUUACCUUUUGGAGAACAGGAGAGCCAAACAACGUUGGAGGACAUGAAGACUGUGUACACACUAACCUUGGUGAAGAACGGAAAUGGAAUGAUUAUCCAUGUUCUCAUGCAUUAACAUUUGUUUGUGCAUCUCGCAGAGUUUGUCCUUAGCAACCAAGACGGUUAUAACUGACUGAACUCAGUAACUUUCCACCCCUUGCUCUGUGGUAAUACAUUAGGACUGCACUAUGUACUUUCUCAUCUAUGAUUCUACUCAUGAAUAAAAUGAUUGUUUAAUGAUGACAA